UUUAUAUUUUCGCUCCGAACAACUUCCAAAUUGUACAGCAAAAAUUUGUAAAAAAAAAAAUAAGAUUAAUAUUUUUCUAUAAAUUUUUUUUUUUUUGGAAAAUUUGAGUCGAAAAUAUGUGUUCGCCUUGCGGCCCCUGCAGUCCCUGCGAUCCUUGCUGCGGACCUUUCGAGUGUUCGCCCAAGUGCUACAAUGCCGCCCAGCUGGAGGCUCUGCCACAAUGUGCUCCCCGCAUCCCGCCGCCCUUUCCCAAGUGCAUCACUGUCCAGCAGCCACCGCGGAUGAUCUGCAAGAAGCGAGUGGUGUUUACGGAGAAGAUAGUGCCGGAGCCAAUGGUGGUGAACAGAGCCCGGCAGAUCACCAUCCCGAAGGUUGUGGAUGCCACUCGAGUCAUCAAGGUGCCCAAGCUGAUUUGGGUAUCGCAGAUGGUGCGAGAGCCCAGGGUCAUAUACUACCCCUCCAUGAUCCCCGAUCCCUAUGUGGUGUGCUACCCCAAGCGCGUCUGCGAACCGAGGGAGGUGUGCCAGUCGAUCCUGUGCCAGCCGAAGCCGCAGACCAUCGACAUUCCUCCUCCGAGGGAGUACUGCUGCUAUCCCAAUGGACCCAUCAACUACAAACCCAGUGCCGCCUGCCCACCCUGCCCCAUUGGACCCUGUGCUCCCGGAGGACCCUGCUGCCCGCUGCCCUGCUUCUCCACCAACCAGUAUCCCGUCGCCGAAGGCAGGUGCGGACCCUGCGGCCCAUGUGGACCAGGCUGCGGACCAUGCGGACCGCGAUGUGGACCCUGCGGUCCCGGCGCCUGCGGGCCCUGUGGGCCUUGUGGGCCGAGGUGCGGUCCGUGCGGCCCGUGCGCCGUACCCAACUGCGGGCCCUGCGGCCUGACGAUGCCGUCGGGUCCGUUCGUCCCGUCUCCCUGUGGUCCCUGCGCUCCAUGCGGGCCCUGCGGACCGCUCGGCAACAGUCCCUGCGGUCCUUGCGGACCCUGCGGGCCCUGCUCGCCCCCGUGUCCGUACGAGUCGCCCGAGUGCGGACCCUGCUACCCCUGCGCUCCGACGCCCUGGAACACGCACUGUGGUCCCGUCGGCCCCUGUGGACCGCAAGUCCCCUGUGGUCCGGGUGGACCCUGUUAGGAUCGUCGUCACGCUGCUUGGAUUGCACGUCGUUAGAAACCAGUUUCCUGUGGACCAACAUGUCUAUCCCGACCGCUCGACUCCUUUACAGACCGUCAAAACGUUUUCUCUGUCUUGCUAUUUCAACACCCCAAAAGUCUAUAGUUCAUUUAGCUUUGUCAGCGCAUUGACGACUCAUUGGCUGUAAAUAAAAUCGGAUUUAAGCGAAA